UCAUGGCGUCCGCUAGUACGGGGAGCAGAGUGUCUUGCGGGAGAGAGUUGAAUUGUGUGCCGGAGAUCGCCGAUACGUUGGUCGCAGUCGCCAAAGUUGGGUUUGACUUUGUGUGCAUGCCCCUGUUCCACCCGAGGUUCAGAAGGGAGUUUGAAUCGGAACCCGCUAAAACCAGACUCGGAGCCCAGACCCGCUCAGACUUGCUGCUGUGUGGAAGAGAUUGGAAUACCCUCAUUGUUGGGAAGCUUUCUCCAUGGAUCGAUGCAGACUCAGACAUUGUGAUCGAGCGCAGAAACUCAGAAGCUGCUCUUGUGCAGGAGCUAAAUUUUUCAGCAUACUUAGGCCUGCCUGGCUUCAUGAUCCCUCUGAAGGGCCCCCAUAACGCCAAUCUGGCUCGACUGUUGCUAAACCACAUUCAAACAGGACACCACACCUCAAAUUUCUGGAUACGUGUCCCAAUGAUGGCGCCGGAGGACAUGCGAGAAGACCUCAUUGAGAACGAAUCAGCCUCUUGUAUCGAUGAUGCAAACGUUGAAGAGAAGACCUGGAGCUGGUGGCAUUCAUUUCGAACCCUUUGUGAUUACAACAAGAGGGUGUGUCUUGCUCUUGAAGUCGGAGCAGACAUGCCGUCUGAUGCCGUCAUUGACAAGUGGCUUGGGGAACCCAUCAAAGCUGCCAUACUCCCCACAAGCAUCUUCUUAACCAAUAGGAAGGGCUUCCCCGUCUUGUCGAAAGCCCAUCAGAAAAUAAUCUUCCGCCUUUUCAAGUUGGAGGCCCAGUUCAUCCUGACAGGCACCAAUCGGCACACAGAUAAAGACUUCCAGUCCUACCUGCAGUACCUGGAAUACCUCAACCAAAACCGACCGGCACCAAACUCCUACGAGCUCUUUGCCAAGGGUUAUGAAGACUACCUGCAGUCUCCCCUGCAGCCUCUCAUGGACAACUUGGAAUCUCAGACAUACGAAGUGUUUGAGAAGGAUCCGAUUAAAUAUUCCCAGUACCAACAGGCGGUGUAUAAAUGUCUACUGGACAGAGUUCCAGAGGAGCAAAAAGACACCAAUGUUCAGGUGCUGAUGGUGCUGGGAGCAGGAAGAGGUCCUCUGGUCAAUGCGUCGCUGCACGCUGCCCGGCAGGCCGACAGGAAGCUGAAGGUGUACGCUGUGGAGAAAAAUCCCAAUGCUGUAGUCACAUUAGAGAACUGGCGCUUUGAGGAGUGGGGCGAUCAGGUGACGGUCGUAUCAAGUGACAUGCGCGAGUGGAAAGCGCCGGAGAAAGCGGACAUCAUCGUCAGCGAGCUGCUGGGAUCCUUUGGCGACAACGAGCUCUCCCCAGAGUGCUUAGACGGAGCGCAGCACUUUCUCAAAGAGGACGGAGUGAGCAUCCCCUCGUCCUACACGUCCUUCCUGGCUCCUCUGUCGUCUUCCAAGCUUUACAACGAAGUGAGAGGGUGCCGGGAGCACGACAAGCACCCACAGUGCCACUUCGAGACGCCCUAUGUGGUUCGCCUUCACAACUUCCACCAGCUGGCCGAGCCCAAACCGUGCUUCACCUUCACACAUCCCACGACAGAUAUGAACAAUAACCGGUAUCAGUGCCUCAGAUUCCCAGUGGACUGUAAUUCGGUGCUGCACGGCUUCGCCGGCUACUUUGAGACCACGCUGUACAAAGAUGUCACCCUCAGUAUAAAGCCGGGAACACAUUCACCUGGGAUGUUCUCCUGGUUCCCCAUCCUCUUCCCCCUCAAGCAACCCAUCUCAUUAUCCCGGAACGACAACAUCGCCGUGCGGUUCUGGCGGUGCAACAACGGGAAGAAGGUUUGGUACGAGUGGGCCGUGACGGAGCCGUCCUGCUCCGCCAUCCACAACCCGGCCGGCCGCUCCUACACCAUCGGCCUGUGAAGCCCUGGCAGUCACCGCUGGACUGGUCUCACACUUUGUUUCUGUUUUUUUUUUUUUUUUUUUUUUUUUUUUUUUAAUAUGAUGUUAAAACAUGGACUGUUGUUGUCAGCGCGAUCUGCCCGUUGAUUUGAGUUAGCCUUGGGGGGGAAAAAAGUUUCAGCAGUUCUGAACAAUCUAUAUUGUUGCUGUGAGGGUGGAUCGUUGAGAUUAGGUCCGACACCUUACCUUGGUUUCCUUUGUUUUUUGUUUUUUUUUUAUGGUUUGAUUUCUCCCUCCGUCUUCUCUUCACUCACUCCAGACGACCCUAUGCCUUAUCAAACACAUUCCACACUGAUACUUGCAUAGUGAUGAAAUACUUUCCCCUCAACGCGAGCAGGUCGGAGGGAGGUAACGACUGUUCAUGACUUUAUUUUUGUUUUCUGUGUGUCU